UCUCCGAGCUAGCGCGGUAUCGUAGAAUUCUAUAACAGUUUCCAAUUUGAGCAGAGGCUUGCGACUACGGACUAGGAACCGGGGAAAUAAAGACGAUACAUUGGAAGGGAUUAAAGAAUAAGUGUGCCUGAGUGUCUAGCGAUAAAGCGUGGUAAAGUACAGGAUCCAUAUUAUCAAUUUCGGAUUAAACUAUCCGAACUCGGGGACAUAGGUUGAUAAAGUGUCCCGAUUUCUGUUUGUGAUUUUACCUAUAUGGUUUUGUGUAAAAAAAGAGUUUAUUGACAGAUAGAACUUACUUUAGCUAAACCAUUUAUCUAAAAGUUAUUCGUAAACUAAGAAACAAGCAGGGGAAUUAUUUGUGAAAAUCGGGAGUAUUUAAGCUUUUUCCGAAGACAUAGUUGUCACUGUUUUAACCAAUGUUAAGGAAUGAAUAAAAUGUUAUUAUGCAGUCAGUGGUUUAUCAAUGAUAGAUAAGGACAGAACAUAAAUUGAAAAUGGCAUAACAAGACAGCAAGGCGGCUUGUAAGAUUCAUCGUGCUUUUAACCCAACAGGAGGCAUGAUUUAAAAUUAGGAGUUAUUUUAAAACACAUUGUGAUCAAAGAUCAAUGUUGUGUUAUUUGAAAAUGUAAUAACAUUGUGAGAAAGGAUUAAAGUGGCGAUUUAAAUACAAGCUUAGACCAAAAGCAUAUGGGAUUACCUAAACCGGACGGAUCAUAGAUUUGACAUAUACAUAAAGGACCGUAAGUUAGUAUUUCGUGACAAAGAUUUGCUAUUUUAUAGAAACGGACAUACGAAUAGAACAUGGUGAAUCAUUUUGACUAAAAUAAAGAAAUAUUAUUACAGAAUGCAUAGAGCGAAAACGCGAUAUUUUAUCAAAAUUAGUUUGACUAUAUUUCAUUAAUAGUGUCUGUAGUGACGAAAAUUCAAAAACGUUUAGAGGAUUAACGAAGUACGUUUUAGACGUGAAAACGGAAGUGGAAAUGUAAAUAACGAUGCGGUCGCCGGAAUUGUUGGAUUACGUCACACGCACGUGUCUGCUCGCCUUGCAACUAGCCAGCCUUCUCGCCUCGGGGCUCGGGUUUCGACUGAACAGCAGAGACCACGCCCCGAGGCCUUACUUUACAAGGGACGAAACGAAUGUCACAUUCAUCGUCGGAGACACGGCUAAACUCAUGUGCGGAGUAAUGGACAUAGGAACAAAACUGGUAACGUGGAAAAGAGACACUUCUUUAGAGCCAUUAACAAUCGGAGAUACGACUUUCGCUCAAAGAACAGACUAUGAAGUGCACCAUAUAGACCCUUAUUGGAACUUACUCAUUAAAAACGUGCAAUUAAAACAUGCUGGUACAUACGAGUGUCAAAUCAGUACAAAAGAUAAAAUGAAAAGAACUGUGCACUUAAAUGUUAUAGAUGACCACAAAAGAAGAAAACCGGCUAUCAACAUAACUGGACAGCAGCACGUCGACAAGGGACAAUCAAUCGUGUUAAGCUGUAACGCCACAGACACCGCAGCACCACCUGACCAUGUGGACUGGUUCAAGGAUGGGAAUGCGCUCCACUCGAACGAGGCAAAUGGAGUCAUCAUCACAAAGAAAUUCUCUGUCACAUCACGAACAAUUAGUAGUAUAUUAGAAAUUAAAAAUGCAAAGAUGUCUGAUAAGGGGACAUACACGUGUAGGACGUCUGACAAACAAGUCCACAGUCUGAACGUUAAUAUAUUGAACGCAGAGAAGCCUAUCAAUAAAAGAGUUACUGAUGAUGAGGAAAAACUUCAACCUUCACGUAUGGAGCCAGCUACGGGUAGCGCGAGCGUUAGUUAUAGCAAUACACAUCUAAUUCUGCUUGUGACGUUUUUGGUCACGUGGUUCAACACAUCGUCACGUGAUAAAAGAUGACCUGUGAUCUUGUUCAAGUUUUAUCUAAUGGAUCGCAACUCUUUGUAUUGACCGAUAAUGAGUUCAUUGUUUUGAGAUUAUUUUGAAAAGAGCUACAUGUGUAUUAAUUCUCAAUUCUUUAUUAAAAAAAUACAAAGGUUACUGAAGCAGUCUACAGUUAACCAUUUCAGUCUUCAUGCAAUCGUGGCAUUUUAUGUGCACACUGUUAUCGCGUGACAGGACUGUGAAAUGGCGUACAAGGUCAAGUUCAGCAGAAAAUGGAAGACGUAAUUGCCAUAAAGUAGCCCAAAGUAGGGCGUAAUGUGGCCGAUAACGCGUCAUUUUUUUGCAUAUGAAGGAAGUUGUUGUUGUUUCAUGAUACAUGAUCACGAUUGCUGUAUAUAUUUAUUGUAUUGAUCAUCAUUCCAUACACUUUCAUGUUUUUGCAUGCCAGUAUCACAUUAAAUAACUGUACAUAGUUUCGCUAUUACAUCGUUAGUGGUUUAACAGGUAUCAGCGCUCAAAUUGAGUAAAAAGUCGAUAGACAUUGAACUAAUUUAAAGGCAAAAGGUGUUCAUUCGCCUGAACAAGACUAGAAAUGACACCCAAACUUCACUUUGAGAAAAAUAGCAUUAGCACAUGUCAUUAUACCUAAACAUGAAUUGCUGCAGAGUUUUUUAUGUAACGAAACCAAACCUGAUAACUAUACGGGAUAGACUGCUGUUUUCAGCCAGUUGGCAUACAUGAUUGUUUCUGUUUAGCAAAAAGGUAGUCUUUACUUCCCUCCAUUGUCCUCAACGUGAUGAAUACACCUUCAAAUAUGUACAGUGUGUGUAAACCACGUGAUAAAUUACGUCAUAUAUGCUACGUCGAAAGGCAAAAUUUUGCUUGAAAUGAAGCCUUUAAUCGAAGAUAACUUUUCUUUAACAACACCAUUUUAAACGAAACAAAGGGCAGUCUAUGCCGCUUAAAGCGCCCCGUAUUUGUUUAAUUUCCGAAAUUUGAUAAGGUGAUAAGUUUCAUCAAACAUUUCGACAAAUCUGUUUCCAAAAUAAUGUUUUGACAGUGCUCUGUCAGACGACCGUAUUGUCAAAAGGUUUGUCGAAGUGUUUAAAGAAACUAAACUCGCAAUCAAACUCUGGUAGAAUAUCGAAGGCAGGGUUCCGUAAGCGGCAUAUACUGCGCUAUAUUUCAUUUAAAAUGGUAAAGAAAUGUUUCAAGUCAUUUUUCAAAUCAUAAUAUUGCCUUCCAACGUAGCAUAUAUGACGUAAUUCAUCAAGUGGUAUACACACACUGAUCUAUAAGAUACAAUUUAAUAUUCCCUUAAAACAAUGUGAUGAAAUAGAUGAUAAUUGUUUUGUUUCCUAUGCGCUCUGACAUUUUGAAGUGUAAAAUUUAUAUAUUUACUGUUUGAAAUAGGGAAAUAUCAAUGAAAUUUCACCGAUAAAUCUCCAUAAACCACCUGAAAGCAUUUAAUAAGACACGCUUACCGUUUUAUGCAGAUCUAUCACUGUACUUAUUAGAAAGUGAAUUUUAUAUAUAUUUAAAAUGUCUUUUAUGAAAUAAAUUAUGCUUCAUUGUGUUAAUCAUUUGUAUGUAUAUAUUGCCUUCAGUACGAGAUGUUAGGUAGUAAUUCAUUCUAGCUUUCAUUUGUAUUUUUCUACCUCAAAGGAUUUGUUUAGCUUCUAUCAACAGGUUACGUUUUAUUUCAACCAAGUGCUUAUAAAAUAUGUUUAUCUGUUUCUGACAUAUUUGCUAGGAAUCAUUUACUGUAAAAAAGAACACAAACAAGAAAUAUUUUUAAAAUAAUGAAAUUUGUCUACGACAUAAGUAUGAUAAUAUCCAACACACCGAUCUUAGGGUGUCGUGUCACCCUCCUUUUGGUACGCCGGAUUCCGGGCCAUUUUAGCGGUAGUUGCGCGUAAACACAUCUUAAACGAGUAUUGAAUUAAUUAAUUUUCAAAGGUCUCUCUUAACAUUUGUUUCAAGAAAAGUAAUCUUUCUUUGCUGUGUUUACUGUACAAAACGUGUUUUGUUUCCAUUUUUUUGUCUCUUUUGUUAAUUGUAUGUACAACCCAAAUAUAAGAUGACGAA